AUGAUUAACAACAUUAAAUAUCUUAUAUUUGUACUGAUAUUCAGAUCUUGUAUAUUUGUCGCCUCUAGUAACGUUCUUGAUAUUUCAUUACCUAACCUUAAUUUUUGUGCAGUACAGUUGGAAGAUUUAUAUGGUAAUAUAUUAAUAUCUACAGUUGUACCGGAUUCCAGUAUUAAUAUUACAAAGGUCAUUGAUAAACAUCGUCUUAUAUGGAAUAGUUCAUCAUCUGAUGAGUGUCUUGAUGAGAUCAAGGUAUAUAGGUCUUAUGGUUACGAUAGGUUAGUUUUUAUUGUAUCGGUUAUUAAUGAUAUAAAACAUGUCAAGUUUUAUAUUAGACAAGGUUACCAUUGGGAAGAAAUAUCAAUGAAUGAUUUUGAUUCAAGCCUUGAUGCAUUGUUUAGAACAAGGUUGUUUGAACUGAAAACUGUUUUAGAUAUUGACACUUUUAUGGUUCAAAGACAAAUUUUUUCAGGAAUUCCAGCCUACGUAUUCACUCCAUAUAAUAUUUUUGACGUUGUUUUAGUUCAUCAUCGAGAACAGGUUAUUUGGUCUAGUUCACAAAUACAUAAAAAAUGUAUUCGUAUUAUAGUUCAUGGUGAGUUGGAUAAACCUUUAUUACUUCAAAUAAGCAUUUUGCACGAUUUUGAUUUAAAUUCUUCUAAACAAUAUUAUCCUAGUGGAAGGCUAACUCAACAAUUUAAUAUUAUGAAACUGCACCUUGCAAAUGAAUUUCUAAGAGGAGUCCGUCUUGCCAGAAAACGAAAUAAAAGAUCACGAAUGGCUCAAAGAGAUAGUCAAAAUAAAACUGGAGAGGAUACUCAAAAAGAUGUUGAAGAAAGUUCUGAACAACCUAGUUCUCCACAAAAUGUUUUACCUACCAAAUAUCUCAGAAAACGGAAAUCAAAUACAUCAGGCAAAGAAGAUUUUUCCGAAGAAAAUGAACUUGUUGAUCUAAUUCAAAUUGAUCAUGAAAGGAUUCAAAAAAGGAGAGAAUACCAUAUAAAAAAGAUGGAAUUGGAACAAAAGAUAGAUAAUUUGAAAAAUCAACUUGCGGUUAAUAAUGACAUGCUCGAACUUGAACUAAAACUAGAUGAAGAGGAGGAAGAAGAAGAGGAAGAAUCUAGUGAAAGUGAAGACGAUUGUCAGGAUUGUGACUAUGAUAAACCAGAUGAGAGAACUACCAGCCAUGAAAAUAAAGAUGACGAUGCUGAUAAAGGUUCACAUUCACAUGAAGAUAAAGCAGAACAAACAAAAGAAAAACCUAAAAAUAAAAAGGUACAGAAGAUAGAAAAGAUUUUGAAUUCAAAAUAUAGAGAACUGGCCAAGUUAGAAAAACGAUUGGAUAAUAUAAAUUCAUUAGAUUUAACAGGUUUUUAUGAAAUUUUAAAUGCAGUGAACAUUAAGAGAGAUUUACUUGGAAAAAUUAAAGCAAUUAAAUUUGUGACAGUACAAAUGGAAGAACUACUUGAAUUGGAAAAAUAUAUUUGUGAUAGUGAACCCAUCGAUUGGAUACCAAGUCCAUUCAAAAAAACUGGUGAAGAAGACAAAGAUAAAGAAACAAGCGAAACGGAUACCUCAGAAGAAGAUGAUGAUGAAGAAGAAGAUGAUGAUGAUGAAGAAGAAGAUGAUAAUGAUAAAGAUGGAACCGACGGCGGAAAUGGAGAUGGUAGAUCUGGAGAUACUAAUCAAAUAGAACCUCAUGGUUCGGUCGAAUUUGUCGAUAAACCAGAAGAAAAAAACCCCAAACAUAAAAUAAUACAAAAAUUGGAAAGACAAGUAAUAUUAAAAAGAAAAACCCUUAAACGUUUGUAUAAAGUUCUAAGACCACUUGAAGAUGAAUUAUAUCAGCACGGAAUUCAAGAAUUUUCUAAAAUUAAGGAUAAAAUCGAUAUUAUUAAUUCUAAAAUUGAACGUCUUCAAUAUUCAGUAUUUCAAUUCAAAGAAGUUAUUAAAAUUCUCAAAAAAUUUAGUCAUAAUGAAUCAGAUAAGGAACUAAAUAAAGUGAGAAAGGAUAAAAUCGAAGAUUUGAAAAAACGAAAACAAGUCUACUCAAAUCAAUUGGCCGAAUUGCAAGCGGAAUUAGAGAAAUUAGAGGAAGAAAAUUCAGAUGAAACUAAUUCAGGAGAAAUUGAUGGGAUUUUAAAAAGAGAAAUGGAAGAUAAGAAAAAAAAGGAGAUUGAAAUAGAAAGGAAGAGAAUGUAUAGAGGAAUAGAUUCUUUACAUUUUGAUAUAAACCAUUAUAAAAAUCUUAUUAAAUUUGAAAAACAAAAAACAAAAGGUAAUAAAAAUGCAAAAUUGUCCAAAAUAAGAAAAUAUGAAACUAUAUUGGAAGCAAGACAAAAACUACUGAAACAAAAAGAAAAAGAUUUGCUUGAGUUUGAAGCCCGAUUUCGAAAAUCUAUAACACCAUCUAGUGAUCGCCAAUAUUUACAACCUCCUGAACCAGUAAAAAGUAUUAGAAAAGUGGCAGAGUAUCAUAAAGGGAGGCCAUCUAUAUAUAGGCAACCUCAAGUAUUUGAUUUAAACAAUUUUAGACUGGAGAAAUUAUUCCAACAACCUGAUAGACCAAGGGCAUGGUCAUCUAGGUUUACAGUGCCUUUACCAUAUGCAACGCCAUAUAUAAGAGCACAACAACAACAACAACAACCACAGCCACAAGUUCAGCAUAUUCAACAACCAUAUCACCCAUAUCAGCAUCCUUAUCAACCUAUACCAGAACCUCAACAGCAACAACCAGAACUGGAGCCAGAUGUAGUGACUAUAAGUAUUUCUGAUGAUUCAGAUGAAGAUGCAGUACAAGAAACUCAAACUCAACCACAACAGCAACAAUAUCAUCCUUAUCAACAAACUCAACAACAACCUCAGCCACAAUAUCAACAUGGACAAUCUCAACCAUUUCAACCAUAUCAACCACCUCAACAACUUCAGCAAUAUCAGCCUUAUCAACUUGGCCAACCUCAACCAUUUCGGCCAUAUCAACCUCAAGUGGUAUCACAAGAAGGAAUGACAUAUCCACAACAACCUAUUCACCCUCAACCACGUUAUCCUCAUCCACAACAAUUUCAAUCAUAUCAGCCUUAUCAAUAUCAACCACAGCAAUCAACUCAACCACAAUAUCAACAACAACUGCAUUCGCUAGAAUCGGGAGCAUUUACACCAUAUCAACAUCAACAACCUGAAAUAUAUCAACCUAAUAUUCCACAAAAUGAUCAACCUAAACAACAAACAACUGUGGAAGAAUCUCGAAGACAUCUCCCACCAAAAAAGAGAAUUAGAAUAGAACUUCAACCAAAUCAAUCAGAAAUGGAGCAUGUUUCAGAACCUGAACCUCAACCAAAUCAAUCAGAAAUGGAGCAUGUUUCAGAACCUGAACCUCAACCAAAUCAAUCAGAAAUGGAGCAUGUUUCAGAACCUGAACCUCAACCAAAUCAAUCAGAAAUGGAGCAUGUUUCAGAACCUGAACCUCAACCAAAUCAAUCAGAAACUGAAACUGGAGAACAAGAACCUGAACCUCAACCAAAUCAAUCAGAAACUGAAACUGGAGAACAAGAACCCAGUCAACAAUCUAGAAGUGCUCCUCAACGUAGGACUCAAGCCUACACCUUUCCUGUUCCUCCUACAAUACCAAGACCUCCAGCUUCACUUCAGACGCCACAUGCAUUUGAGAAUAGAGAAAACCCUUCAGAUCAACCUCCAGAACCACCGAUCGGACCCUAUCCGAAUAAACCAUCUGGAAGAAAACAAUACGUAGAGGAAAAAUACUAUAAAAAUACUCAAUUAGGAUGGGUUAGAAUAAAUAAAGGCCAAUUUACUCAUCUUUUGAAUAAAUAUGAUUAUCAAAAAGCAAUGGGAUUAGAUCCCUUUGAUAUAAAUUUUUAA